CUAGAUUGACACUGUCGUUGCCCAAUCGUCGUCUGUUCCCCGCCCCUUCAGUGUACGGGAGAGGCAGAACCAGCCAAUCCCUGCCGGGAUAAUCCCCAGACCGCGCUAGAGGCCGGAUUCGGCGUGGCUGGGGACCCGGCUAGGGGACGCUGCAGGCGGCGGGAUGUCCUGCUCCGGCCUUCUCCGUGGCCUCAGUACGUUCCUAAAUCAUGGCCUAGCCCUGGCCCCGCGGCCUUGGGCCACGCGUCCCAUGGCCACCCUGAACCAGAUGCACCGCCGGGGGCCUCCGAAGCAUCCGCCUACGAAAGUGGGCCCCAUGGAGGGCCGGCCACAGCUGAAGGGCGUGGUCCUGCGCACGUUCAUCCGCAAGCCCAAGAAGCCCAACUCGGCCAACCGCAAAUGCUGCCGUGUGCGGCUCAGCACCGGUCGGGAGGCCGUCUGCUUCAUCCCCGGAGAGGGCCACAGCCUGCAGGAGCACCACGUCGUGCUCGUGCAGGGCGGCCGCACGCAGGACCUGCCCGGCGUCAAGCUCACCAUCGUGCGGGGCAAGUACGACUGUGGCCACGUGCAGAAGAAGAAGUGACUCCCUCCCCACCUCCCCCCGGGACAUGGCGGGUGGGUGUUCACCGCAGAACAAGAACCUUCCCCUCGGGGCCCCUGCAGUCUCCUUGGGAAGCUAGUACAACUCUAGAAGUAGCUGGUCGUGGUUCAAAGCCUGGCUGCCUUUUCCAUCAGGACCACCCUUAACCCAUAGUGGUCCUGGCUGUGAAUCAGAAAAAAAGGCGCCCCUCUCCCAACACCCUUGGUUUCCAUGUUGGCGCCAGGGACCUCUUCUGCUGGGACAAGACGCUGUAGUGCCAUCUACUGGGAAGGGGUUGCAAUAAACACAGAGACACCCCCCCACACACACACCCCCUUGUGGUAUCUGCAUGGUAUUUGCCCUCUGUGUGGUCUUGGGCACCGACAACGCCUCCGGCCUCAGUUUCCUCCUGCAGAAAAAAAUAGCUCCACUUGCAGUAUCGCUUUUGUUGGGUUUGGUGAAGAUUAAACUGGGUGCUUUAUGUGUAUAACAC